AUGGCGCAGCAAGAAAUUCAACAGGACAGACAAAGAUUCUGCUGUUCGUUCUGUCUGGAUCUACUGAAGGAUCCGGUGACUACUGUCUGUGGACACAGCUACUGUAAGAGCUGUAUUAACACCCACUGGGACAAAGAGGAGGAGAGAGGAAGCUACAGCUGCCGUCAGUGUAGACAGACCUUCACACCGAGGCCUGUCCUGGAGACAAGCACCAUGUUAGCUGAUUUAGUGGAGGAGCUGAAGAAGACUGGACUCCAAGCUGCUCCUGCUGAUCACUGCUAUGCUGGACCUGAAGAUGUGGUCUGUGAUGUCUGCACUGGGAGAAAACUGAAAGCUCUCAAGUCCUGUUUGAAUUGUUUGGCCUCUUAUUGUGAAAAACACCUCCAGCGUCAUCUUCAGUCAGCUCCAUUGAAGAGGCACAAGCUGGUGGAGCCCUCGGAGAAACUCCAGGAGAACAUCUGCUCUCGUCACGACGAGGUGAUGAAGAUAUUCUGCCGCACUGAUCAGCAGUGUAUCUGUUAUCUCUGCUCUGUGGAGGAACAUAAAGACCACGACACAGUGUCAGCUGCAGCAGAAAGGACUGAGAGGCAGAGAGAGCUCGGGCUGAAGAGACAAACAAUCAAGCAGAGACUCCAGGACACAGAGAAAGACGUGAAGCUGCUUCAACAGGAGGAGGAGGCCGUCAAUGGCUCUGCUGAUAAAGCAGUGGAGGACAGUGAGAAGAUCUUCACUGAGCUGAUCCGUCUGCUGGAGAAAAGAAGCUCUGAUGUGGAGCAGCAGAUCAGAUCCCAGCAGGAAACUGAAGUGAGUCGAGUCAGAGAGCUUCAGGAGAUACUGGAGCAGGAGAUCACUGAGCUGAAGAGGAAAGACCAUGAACUGAAGCAGCUCUCAGACACAGAGGAUCACAACCAGUUUCUACACAACUACCCCUCACUGUCACCACUCAGUGGAUCUACACACUCAUCCAGCUUCAGGAUCCGUCCUCUGAGGGACUUUGAGGACGUGACAGCAGCUGUGUCACAGGUCAGAGGUCGACUACAGGACAUUCUGAGUGAGACAGAGACAGAGAUUUUACAGAUUGUGUCUCGAGUGGAUGUUUUACUGCCACAACCAGAGCCAGAGACCAGAGCUGACUUCUUAAGAUAUUCACAGGAAAUCACACUGGAUCCAAACACAGUACACAGACGUCUGUUAUUAUCUGAGGGAAACAGAAAAGUAGCAUGUAUGAGUGAAGAUCAGUCUUAUUCUUAUCAUCCAGACAGAUUCACUGGUAGGUAUCAGGUCCUGAGUAGAGAGAGUCUGACUGGACCUUGUUACUGGGAGGUGGAGGUGGAGGUGGGGCUGGGGGCGGGAGGAGUUGGUGUAGCAGUCACAUACAAGAAUAUCAGCAGAGCAGGAGGCUCACGUGAAUGUAGAUUUGGAUUCAGCGAUAAAUCUUGGUCAUUAUAUUGUGAUGGAGACAGUUAUAACUUUCAUUACAACAGCAUCGAGACUCCAGUGUCAGGUCCUGUGUCCUCCAGAGUAGGAGUGUACCUGGAUCACAGUGCAGGUUUUCUGUCCUUCUACAGCGUCUCUGACACCAUGACUCUCCUCCACAGAGUCCAGACCACAUUCACUCAGCCUCUCUAUGCUGGAGUUUGGGUUUGGCCUAAAUACACAGCUGAGUUCUGUAAACUCAAAUAGACUCGAGUCAUUAAAAGCAGUGAUUUAGAUUCUGUGUGUAAAUCUUUAACUUCUUUUGUCUCCAUGUUUGUUGAUCAAAGUUCGUCGUGGUGACGUUCCUGCUCCGCACAGAGAUCAGCUGUCAAUCAUUCCUGACGGGCGGCACUAUGACGUCCUCUCAUUGGUUGUUGUGUUGAUGUUUAAGUUUGUUGAGCUGGACCCAUGUUGCAUCUCACUGCUCGUUGCUUUAAGCUGCAGAAGCUUCGGUGAAGCUUUCACAUUUCUCCUUGCAGAACAAGUGCAAUCUGAAAACUGAUGCACAUCCACAAGAGGGAGCCUUUGUUUUGUGGACCACACCCUGUGGUAUGUGUUGUGCAAACAACUUUCAUGUGUCAGGCUGGACUCUGUCACAGCCUGGCUCUAUAAAACAUUUUAACAAGUCUCUUUACCUUUACCCGCGCUGCAGAGGUUAUCCAAAUGAAUCCUUUUCAACACGUGGCAUGAAAUUCAAAACUUCAGCUUUUCUUGGGUUUUUCAGAAUGAUGUGUGGGUGCAUGUCCCGUAGACUUGCCCAUGGGAAAACACCUAUAGUGUUUUUUUUGUGAUAUCUUUUUCAUGCUGUUUUUAAAAAUGACUGCAUUGUUUCAGCUUUGUUUUCUUCUCCACCUCCUCAGCUGAAAAGGUGAAAAAUG